AUGGAAAACACUGAGGAUGUAGAAAAGCUCAGUGAAAACACAGACGAGCUUAAGAAGCUCAGUAAAAAGCUUAAGCUCAUGUUACACGACGUGAAAGUGAAUAAAGAAAUAGCAGAACAGAACAGAAAUAUAGUGCAAAAUGCACGUACAAAGGCGAGAGAAAAAAUUAGGAAGAUGAGAUAUGAAAUUACUGAUUUCUUCAAUAAGCUAGAAAGCGCUGUGGAUAAGAAAAUUGAAAACAUGAGGAGUGAUGACUUUCAUACACUGUCAGUGGUGACAUCGGAAUGUGAAGACCUCAGUAAGAAACUUGUGAUCAUUAGUAACUAUGUUGAUAAACAUGUAAAAGAAGAAACACAGAUAAACGAUAUUGACAGAGUCAAACAAGAAAUACAGCAUCUUGAAACGAGUAUAAGGAAGCUGAGCAUUGACAACGAUGUACAUGAAUAUACAUUUGAACCCACAGCGGAGCUCAAUGAUAUGAUGAAAAAUGUCAAGCGUCUUGGUGAUCUGAUCGUUGAGACGGAGAAGAAAAGAACGGUGAUACGUAUGUCCGAAUUUAGUUUAAAUGAUAAACGCGAGGAAGAACGAGUGAUUCCAUUUCUAUCGGGUUUGGCAUUUGUGUCUGAUGAUAACCUAGUUGCCGCAGAUUAUGAAAAUCGAUGCGUAAAGCUUAUCAGUGUCGCAGAUGACAAAAUAAUGUCGGUACUUCCGGUCAUGACGGAACCCUGGGAUGUUGCAAAAGUUAGGGCAGAUCAACUGGCUGUGACACUUCCGUUGAAGAAGAAAUUACAGUUUGUAAAUGUAAAAACAGCGUCUCUUCUGAAAGGUUAUGAAAUCGAGUUGAGUGCUGAAUGUCGCGGUAUUGACAGCAAACACGAAAAGCUGUUUGUGUCUUUCGUCGAACCAGCAAAAGUUGAAAUUCUCGAUCUUCACGGACAUGUACACAAAAGUUUUGAGUUCGAUUCGUUGGGAUAUGAAAUGUUCAGCUGGCCAGGAUACAUUGCUCUAAGUCCAGAGCAAACGGAAAGUACAGGUAGUUCUAUCUAUGUGUCUGACAAAGAUCGAAAUACAGUUACUCGUCUUUCUGAAGAUGGUAAGGUCAUUGCAGUGUAUGGCGGGGGCGUUUUGAAAGGGCCACGUGGUGUGUCAAUCGACGAUGCUGGGCAUGUUUUCGUGUGUGGCAGAGCUUCGAAUGAUUUGUGUCAGAUAAUGGUCUCAUCCGGAAAAGUUGAAUUUCUCUUGGAGCGAAGCCAGGGUUUGAAACAACCACAUGGAAUUGUGUGUCAUGGGAAUCGCGUGUUUAUCAGCAGUUGUGGAGAUAAAAAUAUCAAAAGUUGGGAAAUUGUUUGA